GCUACAAUUUGGCAUGUUACACCAAGGUCAUGUGUCUGAAAAUAGUACAUACGUCUUAGUAUUGAGCUGUUUCUCCUUGACACCGGUGAGAAUAAUUUUCGUUGUUAGUACAGCUUCGGGAUGCUUGUAUUGAUAACGGAAAGUAUUUAAAAGUCCGGAUCCUUCAGGCUUUUAUGAUAUAUGAGUUUUCUUAUCGCGUGUUGCACGUGCGCUAAAUCUAUCCCUUUAAGUCCUUCUGUUUACCCCUAUUCAUCUUACAUAUCUCGAGUCUCGUAGAGGCGGUGGCCAGGUACCUAUAUACGCGUAAUCUUCCAUGCAGGAGACAACAACUUGAGUCUAGAAAAAGGCACUAGGUUAGGAACAAUGCCAGAUCAAGGGAAUGAUAAGAAAUCCUGCUAUAAUUGUGUCAAACGACGCAUUGUCUGUGACAAGACCGAAAACCAGUGCGUUAAAUGUACCAAAAAGAAUCUAAACUGCCCUGGGUAUGGUGUGAGAUAUCGCUUUGCCAAAGGGGUGACUAGCUCUAGCCUACUAUCGGUGUCAUCUUCAGAAGGAAACCAUACUGGGUCGAAACGACCAAGAAGGCCUUAUAGAUGGAUCGAAUGUUCGAGAGACGGAUUAAAGACGGCAUCACGACUUUCAAAGGCGCCACCAACAGUAAACGACAUGCUGCCAUUCGAUUAUUCAGGCAUAACGACGACGGUACCGACUGUAGUGUCAGACUUAGACCCCAGAAUCCGUCUACACUUCUUGCAUUUUGCUGCGCGUGUAUCUCCCUUCAUGGUACUGUUUGAUGACGAGACGAAUGGUUACAGGCAUCAUAUACUGCCCGUAGCGUACCAUGAACCUCUCGUCCAAAAAGCCGUCUGUAUCGCAUCGGCCUUCCAUCUCUCAUCGCAGAUACCACAGCUUCGUGCUCCCGCCGAGAUUGUGAGAGCUAGCCUGAUCCGUAAGCUUUCCGAGGCUUCGGCGGUGAACCCUGAUCUGAGCGAGAUUACCUGGGCGACCCUUGUCCUUCUAAUAGUGGCCGAUCUUGUGAUAGGUCAUGAGGAUGUAUCGACUUUAUACAAGCUACUCACUGUGUUUCUCGAAGCCCGAGGGCCUCUGAAGGAAUCAGCAACCCAGUUAGAGAAGUUCUUGUAUUUCCAGUCUUGCAUCAUAGGAUUCUUUACGCAGCCCUUCUCUUCUCUCGAAGCUCGACCUGUUCCUCCCCCGCGGAUGUCAAGUGAUCCGGUUGCGAUGUUUAAGCGCUACGUGCACGGCCUCGAAAACUGCCAGCAACAAAAGAACCUUCCACAACGCAGGGCUUACGAUUUCUCGAGAUACUUCCACGUAUACGAACAGUUGUUUCGACUCGCGGGGGAGAUAUAUACGACGAGAGCGGAAUCAGAAACAUCCUCACUCAGCCUGGAAUACUAUAUGGAAGAUCGUGUGCAACAAAUCAGGACUCUCUAUGAGCAGCUUGACCCGGCUGCACCAGGGUCCCACGUCGUCGUAUGGCCAAUCUUCGUAGCCGCUGCCGAGAGCGUCUCGGAGGACCAUCGACAAUAUUUUACUGCGACGCUAAAGAGAAUAUAUAGUAUGGUAGGCUAUGCGAACAUAUCGCGUGGGUUUACGAUUCUUCCUGAGUUGUGGGCUCAACGAAGCAGAAAAAGCUGGACUUCUGCGAUGUUAGAACAUAAGGGCCUCGUCAUAUGCUAAAGCCAUGGUGGUGAUUGAGUGUGUUAAAUAAAGUAUAAGUCAGCAUUCAUGAAAUGCUUAUCAGAAUUCGAUAUUUGGAUAAAGUACCUAACCUACCUUCAAUUAGGAGGAGCGGGGCUGGAAGGUUGCACUCGGGGCCGGCCGUAAGCAAUUAACCUUAUUUGAUGGGGAAGUUUCUAAUUCCCAUUCCGUUUUGGCCUUUCCACUUUCCCGCGAACACAUGCAAGGGACCACAAACGACGAUCGGUACCCAGUGAUGUCAUCGCCAAGGUCUUGGAGGGACAAAGGAACAAACAGCGCUAACAAACAGCGCUAACAAACAGGGAAC